UGAUAAAUUUAUACAAUGUUCUAAAAAAUGGUUAUGCUUGUCAAUGUCAUACUUAUUGGCGCGUCCGACUUGCAUAGUUUAUGUUCGAUUUGCAAAGAUUUUAUUUAUUUAUUCUAAGAAAAAAAAUUAUUUAUAAAUGUCCGCACCACUUUACGAUUCAUUCGAUGGCAAUGUUGCCAAUAAAAAAUGUUUGUUUUGCAACCAAAACAACGACGAUGUCAAAAAUCUUGGCGAUAAAUAUUCAUAUGGUGAAAUGACACUUCACAAUUUUUGUUUGUUAUUCUCAGCAAAUCUUCAACAAAAGAAAGAGGUUUCGGAAGGUAUUUUGGGCUAUUUGAAAGAAGACAUUAAAAAUGAAGUGAAGCGAGCAUCCAAGCUAACUUGUUAUUAUUGUAAAUUGAAAGGAGCUAGCAUUGGAUGUUGUCGUAAAACGUGUAGAAAAUCAUUUCAUCUUCCGUGUGCAUUGGAAAAUAAUUGUUUGGUUCAAUUCUCCGGCGAAUUCGACUCGUUUUGUCACAUUCAUCAUGGUAUUGAGCGAUCAUCAAUUCACACGAAAGACGAAAAAUGUUUAUUGUGCAAUGAAACGAUGAAAGAUUUCCAUCCAGUCACAUCGGUCGAAUUAAAUUGUUGCGGAAGUAAAUGGUAUCAUUUGAAAUGUCUCAGAGGUCGUGCUCAUGACAAACAAGGAAUGUUUUGCUGUCCCUGCUGUGACGAUUAUGAUAACUUUCGUGAUAUGAUGAUGUCAAAUGGAAUUUAUGUUCACGAAAAACAAAUUGAUGCAUCAAUUAUCGUGGCACCCAGCAACUCGUCUGAUGGACAAACAUCGAGUGGUGUGAGCAGUUGUUCAAGUGAUUUGGGUGAUUGUGAAUCAGUUGCCUCUUGUUCUACAAUUGGAACAGACAGCAAUGAACAACUAUCAAAUGACUUGAUUGAAAUUUCGCCAAGUAAUUGCAAUGUUGAUGACAUUGAUGAAGAACCGCCAGCAAAGAAAAAAAGAGUUCAUCAACAGUUCAAUUUUGCUCAAACAUUUGACAAUGUGAAUGAUGCUCAAAACUAUUUGGCAAGUCAAAAUUGUUGGUCCGUCUACUACAAAACGAAUUCAGACGAUGGAGAGCGGCUCAAAUAUGGAUGCAACAAAGUCAAAUUCCGUGCUCAAAAAAAAAUGUGCUGCUAGUUUGUAUCUUUUGUUUGAUUCACGCAGCUCAAAAGUUCACUUGUUUGUGUCAAGCGAAGAUCAUGAUCAUGACCAAAAUUUGGAAUCGGUUUAUGAAAUUGAUGAUGAAAUAAAGGAUGCCAUUCGUGAUAUGUUUGAAAUGGGAGUUUGCAAGCCAAAACAAAUUUUGAACAACUUAAUGAUGAAGAAAUUUGAGCUUCCAGAUCGCAAGAAAUUCGACUCGUUUCUAAAAACAAUUCGCAGUGAAAGAGAUGGAAGUGCCAAAAUCAAUAUGAGUGAUUUGAAAAAAUGGCUCGAAGAUAAUUGUUUAUUGCCAGUUGACAAAACAAAGCCGUUCAUAGUCGACUUUGAAAUAUCUUUUGAUGAAAAAAAUCCACAUGUAUCCAAGCAGCUUCGCUUCGCUCUUCGGCAAUUGAUGCGACCAAAGUACAUACUGAUGCCACAUACAAAUUGACAUGGUAGGGCUAUCCUGUGUUGCAUAUUGGGACAACUGACAUGCAUCGAUCGUUUCAUCCGUUUGGAAUUGCCGUAUGCACUAAUGAACAAACAGAUGAUUUCAGAUUCAUUUUUGCUGCUGUUAAGAAAGGCGUUCAAGAUGUGUUCAAUAUUGAUUUUAAACAGAGAUUGCAUGCACCAUACAGCUAUAGUUGGAUGCGAAAAUAAGUAGCUAUUUUUAGUCAAUAGUUCGGGAUAUUCUGCAGUAUACAGCUAUCGAACGAACGCACGCACGAACAAAGCGAAGCGGCGGAGAAGAGCCCAGUGCAUAUGUGUUCCCCUCAUUCGUCGUCAUCGUCUCUGUUUGUA